ACAUUCCAUCCCCAUAAGGAAAUAACAGCCCUUUGUUCUUUUGAGUGGGGCAUCCGAGAGCAAAAAGAUACUUCUCCUUCGUCAGAAGAACUGUCCGUGAGUGAUUUUUAGGUGUCUGGGAUUAUCUCGCGUCUGAAUCUUUCGUGGCGGUUUCGCGAGCACGACUUGUUUUUAGGGCGUGGCGCCGCGGCUUGUAAAACGAAGCUAUGGCAUCAUCUGGCCAGGCGUCGUCGUCCUUGGGUGACGAUGAUUUAGGAACUUUACACAGAGCCCUUUAUCCUGCGAGAAACAGUUACAAAUCACUUGGUUUACAAAUCAGGGGUGAAAAUUGGGGAAAUAAAAAGUAUCGAGAGUGAGUCCACCGACAAUGGUGAGAGGCUGCUCGGAGUACUGUCAGUCCGCCUGAAGAAGGCAGAGCCCCUCACAUGGAACGACAUUGACUCAGCACUGAGGCUGGAUUGCGUAGGUGAGGGUAAGACAGCAGAUGGCAUCAGACAGAAAUAUGGCGUCUCUUUAGCCCUGACCCUAGCAGUGUUGCUCAAACACACCAAGAAACGAAGGAGGAGAAGAUGAAAAAGAAGAGAGGAAAGAAGGGGAAAGGUCGCCCUAUUGUCUAGAGAGGAGCGAUAGAGAUUCAGGUGGGGCGGUAGGUAGGAGGGCGGGCGGGAAGAAAUCAACUUCAGAAAGUAGCGAGGAAUCUUCCAGUUCAAGCAGCGAAGAAAAAGAAGCAAUUGUAAAACAAAAGAAGGUAAGGAAAAAGGCAAAAGGGCCUUCGGGGAGUGUAGGAGUCUUGCCGAGAAAGAAAAGAGGUACUAAAAGGAAAAGAGAACAGCAUAUUAAAGUAACAUCGCAAGAAUCUGACCGCGAAUAUGAAAGGGAAUUACCAAUGUCAAACAAAGCAAAAAAGAGAAAGAAAAAGGCAAAAAAGAAAUCCAGAAGAGACGAGAUUUCGAGUGAUGAUCUAGACCAUCAAUACACAAGUCAGAGAAGUAAGAGAAAACCACAGGUGUUUGAAAGUGACAAUGAGUCUUCUGCCACAAGUAGUGAAGAAGAAAUAGUAAGUCAUACUGAUACAAGAAGAAAAGAAGGCAAGGCGAAACCAUCUGCUAAUUAUGCAGAACAGUCAAAGUCAAUCCAAAGAAAGGAAUGGCAAGCACAACAGGGAGGGAAAGAACGAGUUCCGCGAAAGUAUAAAAAAGGUCGAGAUAGAGCACAUCUUGAUAGAGAAGUUAGUAAAAUGUCUCGCCAUAAACAAAAAGAAGUGAAAUCAGAAUCAGAAUCUGAAGAGGACUCGGCCUCUACCAGUGAUGAGGGUGAGUCUUCCGAACCAAAACAGAAGACAAUAUCAACUCCAUUACCCAGUGGGGAGGUAACUGAAGAGAGAGUUAUUAAAAGGAAAACCACUGGAGGAAAAGGAACGAAAGAUGUAUUGGAGCACGCCGAAGAAUACGAAGUAAGUGAAGACACGAACCGAUCCAAAAAUGAAGGUAAACGAAGGAAAAAAGAUAGGGUUAAAAAGGGGGAAAUGAAGGAAGGGAGAAAGAUAACUAGCUCUAGUUCCUCUGAAACUGACGACUCUUCACCCGAGUGCGACGUAGGCAGAAUUUUAUCCGAAUCCGAGAAUAAAAAACUUGUAAAAGUUUUUAAGUGUAAUUACGGCAAACUCUGCUAUGCAAUCAAAGAUCCAAACGCAACUGCCGUUCAACUGCAAGCGAAACGUCUGCUGUCACGUUCUAAACUGAAAAAUGUACUAAUAUCUCCCGAAUCCCAACAAGUGAAGGCCAUUGCUUUAGUUCAUGCUCUUUACCGGAAAAUUAAGUCCCGUCCCGAAAAGGUAUUCACCGUCAGUGAAGUGUGUUUGCACAACGAAUCUCUACAAGAAGUAGGAACAGAGAUGUCAAUAGAAAUUGGAAAAGUUUGUCCUGACCGGCAGGCCUCAGUUUUUAGUCCUCCUGAAAUACUACCAACUGCUGAGUCAGAUACAGGUGAAACACCAGCAAAGAAAAUGCACCAACCAUUACCUAUCGCUUCCUUCAGUGAAGCCAGCAGUAUAUCAUCAUCUGUAAAAGUGAGUAUGUCAAUACCACAGUUAGGCCCCAGUCCAGUAUUGACAAAGUAUAAGGAAUAUCUGAAAGCAUGCUAUGCUGCUAAACCCCUUGCUCCGUCAGACAAGUAUCUCCCCACUCUCGAUGCCCCGUACAUCAACCUAGCCAUGGUUGGUAGGGAAAGCUAUAAUCCUGAGCAAAGAGAUGAGUUUACUAGACAAACACUGCAUGGAGGAGUAGACCAGAUUCUUCAUAGUAAGACACCUAUUAGCAUAGAAGACUUGCUGACUCCAAAAGAGGGUGGAAAGCCAGUCAGGUUCGUUCUUGUAGAAGGUCCUCCGGGAAUUGGCAAGAGUACCUUUGCCUGGGAGGCAUGUAGGAGAUGGGAUGAGAUAGAAAGCCUCAGAGACUACCACACUGUGGUGCUGCUCAAGUUGAGGGAAAAGUGGGUCUUGAAUGCCACUUCACUUUCAGAUCUCCUAAGAUAUCCAUCCCACCCUGACUUCAGUGAAAGCAUUGCUAGUGAACUGGUGGAAUCACAAGGGAGAAACGUUCUCCUGGUUUUAGAUGGUUUUGAUGAGGUGUCUCACAGUUUCCAUGAGAACUCUGUCAUAAAAAGCGUUCUAUGCAGGCAACUCUUGCCAGAAUGUACCAUCAUUCUCACUACUAGACCAUCAGCCAAGUACACACUGGAAAGUAUCUGCCAGCCUCGAAUUGAUAAACAUGUAGAAAUAAUCGGGUUCACAGAGGAAGAGAGAGUGCGGUAUAUCACUGAGGUAUUUAGCAAGGAACCAGAGCUUCAGGUGAAUUUCUUGAAGUACAUGUUUCUUGUCCCUCACAUAAAGUCAAUGAUGUACAUUCCACUCAACUGUGCCAUUAUAGCACAAGUCUAUUACGAGUCUCAGACUAGCCGCCAGCUUGCUAUACCAAAAACAAGAACACAGCUGUACAAGGCACUCACUCAUUCUCUUCUUGUCAGACACAUGAAGAUGAAGAAAACCGAUUAUGAGGCUACAUCCAAUCUCCCAGAAGGUUUAAACAAAGAAGAUAUGAAUGCAUUUAAGACUUUAGCUAAGUUUGCAUUUGAUAGCUAUCAUGAAGGUGAGUCAAGGAAGAUAACUUUCUUCAAAGAGCAUAUCCCUGAGGGAUUAAUUCAUUUUGGCUUCAUGAAUGAAUCCACUGAAAUGUAUGCUGGCAAAGGAGUGGAGCGAACAUUCUCAUUUCUCCACCUCAGCCUGCAGGAAUACCUGGCAGCUUGGCACCUGGCUAAGAGCUACAGCAUUGAGUUUCAGUGGCUUAUCAUAGGCUGGCAUUAGAUAAGUAUAGAGACACGUCACUUUUGUACAAAGGUGACGAUAAAGGGGAAGAAACUCUCUUUUUAUCACUACAAAAGCAGUGGGGGUUGUCACUAGAGGAGCCAGCCAUAUUCCUGGCUGGUAUCACAGGCUGGAGAUGCCAGUCAGAGGAUGGCAGGAACCCCUGGGAGAUGUAUCUCAGUCAUGACACUGCUGAUCUAACUGAUAUGUAUAGCACGAGAGUUUUGUUCCGGUCUCU